CCCAGGAAACGUACGUCACGGGAGGACUGGGCCAUUCGGCCGCAGUGUUGACGCGUCGCUUAGCAACCAGGAGGCUUACCUUUGGAAGCUUGUUGCGGCUCUUGCUACGGUCCUUCCCUCUUCCCGCCCCUCCCCUCCCUCAACUCCCUUCACCUAGGAGCUGCCAAACAUCUGGAUCAACCUGGGCACUUCGAGGGGUUGAAUUUCUACCAGUAACGCGCCUUUUUACAUUUUUUCCCGAACUCCUUCUCACAUCCGUAAAACCCACUGAUUCUUGUACUACACGUUUUAUGAGAACAAGGCAUUUUCUAGGAAGAUGGUGGCAGAAAAAGAGACCCUGAGCUUAAACAAAUGCCCAGACAAGAUGCCGAAGAGGACCAAGCUGCUGGCACAACAGCCGCUCCCGGUGCAUCAGCCUCACUCCCUGGUUUCUGAGGGCUUCACAGUCAAAGCCAUGAUGAAAAACUCAGUCGUGAGAGGCCCUCCAGCUGCAGGAGCAUUUAAAGAAAGACCAACCAAGCCCACAGCAUUUCGGAAAUUUUAUGAACGAGGAGACUUCCCAAUUGCCCUUGAGCAUGACUCAAAAGGAAACAAAAUAGCAUGGAAGGACACUUCCAAAUGGAAGCUUUAAUUACCUAAAUGGAUAGGUCAAGAUUGUCUGCUCCCUGGAAAUGCAGAGUGGAAUACAAAGGAAGGUUGCUUCUGGUCGCUGCACUCUCUCUCUCUGUUUGCGGCACGUGUCCGCCGCGGUGGCCGUCAUACGUGCCCGGUUAGAGGCUGACCUCCACGCUGAAACCAUGACGGCACCGACAUUUUUCUGACAAAAGGUUAAUUGGCUUCAAGAUAAAUGUAUUGCCUAAUGACUCCA